AUGUCGCGCCGGGGCUUCCCGCCAGUUGCGCCGUCAUCGGCGGUUCUGGUUGUUCUUCUCCUUAUCGCAGCGGCGGCUGGCGGCGUACGCGGAUUGCGCGGGAAUGCGGCGCAACCCCGCAAGCUGGCUGUUGGCGGAAGCGGAGACUCUCCGCGGAGGAGAGCGGCGGAGCUAGUAAAAGAAUCCUCCCAUGCUUCCGUAAUGGGGGGAGGGCAUAUUCCGCCGCUACAGCUGAUUCUGGCGGAAGAAGGGCGCGCGGAGGGCGCAGUGUGCUUGGACGGAUCGGCCCCUGGGUUCUACUAUCGGAAGGGCUACGGCUCGGGAAGCGACAACUGGGUGCUGUUCUUCGAGGGCGGCGCGUGGUGCGCGUCCCCGCACGCGUGCGAGUACAGGGCGCGCAUGCACCUGGGGUCGACGAAGCACGCGCGGUCAGUGGGGGAGAUGCUGGAUAGGCAGAACGGCAGCAUGCAGGGCAUGCUCAGCGGCAACCGCACCGUCAACCCUGAUUUCUACAACUGGAACGCCGUCUAUUUCAUCUACUGCGAUGGCGGCUCCUUCUCAGGCCACCAGGACCAACCCGUUCGCUUCAAUGGCAUUCCGCUGUACAUGCGGGGAAGGAAAGUGGCGGACCUGAUGGUGAAGCACCUCAUGGAGAAGAAGGGACUUGGCCACGCGGAGAAGGUGAGGGGGGGAGAGGGCAGGGUGCGAGUGGGGAGGGUGAGAGUGGGGAGGGUGAGAGUGGGGGGAGUGAGAGUGGGGGGAGUGAGAGUGGGGGGAGUGGUCAGAGGAAGGCGAGUGGCGGACCUGCUGGUGAAGCACCUGAUGGAGAAGAAGGGGCUUGGCCACGCGGAGAAGGUGGUUGUGUCCGGGAGUUCAGCGGGGGGAGUGGCUCUGCUGCUGCACUGCGAUCGAGUGAGGGACACAAUCACAGCCGCCUCUCCCUCCAUGCACGUCCGCUGCCUUGCUGAUGCCUCCAUGUUCCUCGACAUCCCCGACAGCGACAACAACAGGAGGAUCGCAGCAUUCUUCUCUCAAGUGCAGACCAUGCAUAAUCUGACCAUCAGCCUCCCACCAGCGUGUGUCAAGGAUCGAGCGCUAGAGCAGCAUCAUCAGUGCUUCAUGGCCAACCAUAUUCUGCAAUACGUCUCCACGCCUCUCUUCCUCAUCAACAGCAACUACGACAAAGUUGCGAUGAGGGCCAUUACACAACCACAGGUGCUGGAUUCGGGAUUAACGGCCCCACCUGACUGUUUCGACCAUCUCAGCACCUGCACUGCCAAAGAGAAGCAUAUCUUUGAAGAUUACCGCAAGGCAGUGGCGAACGCAGUGGCGCCUCUCGCCCACUCCACGCCUGCCAACGCCGUCUUCCUCUUCUCCUGCUUCCAGCACGGCUCCAUCCACUCGGACGUCCCGUGGAUGAUGCGCACGGCUAAAGGAGUGGUGAGUUGUGCACUAACAGUGGGUUUCCCUUUCCUUGCACAGUAG